AUGCCAUUUGUUAAGGACUUCAAGCCAAUUGCUUUGGGUGACACGAAUUUAUUCAAGCCAAUUAAGAUUGGAAACAAUGAGUUGAAGCAUCGUAUUGUGAUGCCACCUCUGACGAGAUUGAGAGCUCACCACCCUGGUAAUGUACCAAACGAUUGGGCCAUCGAGUACUACGACCAGCGCUCGAAGAGACCAGGCACCCUCAUUAUAACCGAAGCUACUUUCGCAUCCGCUCAAAGUGGAGGUUUCGACCAUGCUCCAGGAAUCUGGUCUGAAAAGCAAGUUGAGCAAUGGAAGAAAAUCUUUGCUAAGAUUCAUGAAAAUAAAUCCUUCGUAUGGGUGCAAUUGUGGGCGUUGGGCAGACAGGCGUUCCCUGAUUCUUUGGCAAGGGAUGGUCUUCCUUAUGUCUCGGCCUCUGACGAGGUUUACAUGGAUGAGGAACAGCGUGAGAAGGCGGUCAAGAGCAACAAUCCGCAGCACGGUUUGACCAAAGACGAGAUCAAGCAAUAUAUCAAGGAUUACGUCCAAGCCGCCAAAAACGCCAUGGAGGCUGGCGCCGAUGGUGUUGAAAUACACAGCGCUAACGGCUACCUAUUGAACCAAUUUUUGGACCCUAUCUCUAAUAAGAGGACAGACGAAUACGGUGGAUCGAUUGAAAACAGAGCUCGCUUCACAUUGGAAGUGGUUGAUGCUGUCACAGAGGUCAUUGGUUGCGACAGAGUCGGUAUCAGAUUUUCUCCAUAUGGGACUUAUGGAACGAUGUCCGGUGGCGAAGAGCCAUUGAUUGUCGCUCAAUAUGCCUACGUGUUGGGAGAAUUGGAGAAGAGAGCCAAGGCAGGUAAGCGUCUAGCCUUUGUACAUCUCAUGGAACCCCGCGUGGCAAACCUACAUGUUGCCGAGGGUGAAGGGGAAUACAAAGACGGCACUAACGACUUUGUUUAUUCUAUCUGGAAAGGACCUAUCAUUAGAGCUGGUAAUUUUGCUCUGCAUCCAGAAGAUACGAAGGAAAUGGUUGCCGAUGACAGAACGUUGAUUGCAUACGGUAGGUUUUUCAUCGCAAACCCUGAUAUCGUUGACCGUAUGGAGAAGGGCUUGCCACUGAACAAGUAUAACAGGGACACCUUCUACAUAAUGAGCAAGGAGGGCUACACCGACUAUCCAACUUAUGACGAGGCAGUUAAAUUGGGUUAUUAA